AUGCCUUUGACACCAAACUUCGCUAGCAAAGCUGAGCUCAAAGUUCGUCUGAGACAUCAGAUCUCUCGGAAGUCUAUUGUUCUAAUGGAACAAAGGCAAAAGAUCCCAAUCUUCCUGGAAAUCAUACAGGAUCUUUUAGCGGCGAAACCGACUCCAGAGGAUCACCUUGGCUCAACUAUCAUUGUUGAUGGCUGCCCCAUUGUUGGCCCUUCCAAAUUCGAUCUAUUGAAAAAGUUCUUGCUGGAGAAGUUCGCCAAAAUUGGGCCCAUCAGUGACCAUUAUUUCCCAGUGGAUGACGAAAAGCAAACCAAGGGCUAUAUGUUCAUUACGUUUGAAAAUGGUAAAACAGCAUCACAAGCAGUUCGCACCAUGAACAACACACCUCUGGAUAAAAGUCACACCUUACAAGUUAACCUACUAGGGGAUUACGAGCGGCUGACAAGUGUACCAACCGAAUGGAAACCGCCUCCCAAGCAAGAGUACAAAGAUUUUGGCAACUUGAAAAGCUGGCUCUUAAACGAGUUAUGCCGAGAUCAGUUCGCAGUGGUUUACAAUGAUGGCGAGAUUGGCUCGGUCUACUGGCAUAAUGCUGUCGAACCAACUACUGCCGUUGAACGAACUAGAUGGACUGACGGAUGGAUGCGAUGGUCUCCACGGGGAACUUACUUAGCCACAAUGCAUCAGCCAGGAGCAAUCCUUUGGGUUGGUGAAAAGUUUCAACGUCUGGGCCGUUUUCCGCACCAAGGGGUGAAAAUGAUUGAUUUUUCACCAAUGGAACGUUUCAUGGUAUCACUCAGCCCAAGUGCACAGGCAAGCGUGAAUCCCGAAGAGCAAGAUCGUCCGAUGGCAGAUGUGACAAUAUGGGAUGUGCGGCGUUGCGUUAGUCGGCGAGAAUUCACGGUUCCUGUUGAAUCCUAUCCUGCAUUCAAAUGGUCCUACAACGAUGCAUACUUCGCCUGUUUGCGUGAUGGCUAUGUGGUGAUCUAUGAAACCGAAACAUUUCGCCUGUUAGACAAGAAGCGGAUCGGUGGAAACAUUCGGGAUUUCUCUUGGUCCCCAACCGAGAAUAUACUGGCAUAUUGGGUUCCUGAAUCAGACAACACCCCGGCAAGAGUUGUGCUUUUGGAAAUUCCGAGUCGACAGGAGAUAUGUACGAAAAAUCUGUUCUCAGUUGCUGAAAUUUGUCUCACGUGGCACGAACAGGGUGAUUUUCUGGCUGUGCAAGUGUUACGGUGCGCAAAGAAGAAGGUAGACAACGACAAGCAAGUCAAAUAUAUGGUGAGCAGUAAACCACUGAUGCUAUAUUAG